AGCCUUGCAAAUUGACGACAUCAAGGUCAUCUAGCAUGCAUCGUGCACUUUUGCUGAACGAGCUACUGUUGCAAAUUCUCCAAGUUCUCCGCGAAGAUGAUAUACAUGCUCUCGCAGUGCUUGCUAGAACACGUCGGUCUUUCUCACAGCCCGCGCUCGAAAUACUCUGGGAGUCUCUAGAUGAUCCGUCACCCAUCAUCAAGCUUUUUCCAGACGAUUCCUGGACGGUUGCGUACGAUCCGUACAACCGGAAACUGUGCAUAGAAUUCAUAAGGCUUCUCCGUCCUGUAGAUUGGGUCACCCCGCUCAAAUAUCUACCGCUCAUCAAACGUCUUGGCUUGGAGAACGCCAGUCCUUGGGCGUAUACAUCAUCUUACAUGUCAUCCCAAGCACUUCAAUAUCUGUCCAUAUUUCGCCCAGUACUUGCGAUACUUCCUAACCUUCGCGUGCUCAACUUGAAUUUAACAUCGUACGUGGCCGCGGCAAAUCAGGCAAAAUACUUCCAGUAUUCUUGGGCCUUUCUCGGGCCCGAGCUGCGCAGCUUCACCUUUCGCAGCGUAACUCCGAGUCUUGAAAUUGAGGAGCAGAAGUCACUCGCGCGACUCUUGUAUGCGUUGGAACACGCUUGCCCUUUGCUUGAAGAAAUUCGUUCAUCAUGCGGUUGCCCACCUGGCCGGAUCAUCUCGGACGCCUUCUCCUCUCUCGUAAGCAGGCUAGAGAAUCUGCGGGUACUAGAGUGCUUUGACAUGCCUCUCAAUGCUCGGAUGAAGUCCGCUCUCGGCAAAAAGAAGACAUUGUACCAUUUCCAUCUUUCCCUCCUUCGACAAGAGCAUUCUCGACACGUAUGGGAUUCGUCUUGGUUUCAGUCUCUAGAGACGAUGAAAAUCCGGACUGAUGACCCACAGUCGUACGUCUCUUUUGCCAAUAGUGUGUCCCUAUCAAGAGUACACUCCUUCAUCCUGCAAAUUCGUACGCCAUUAACACAAGGCCUCAUGCAACAGCUGUUCAGCUCCAUCCAUAGACAGUUAUCAGAUUCGCCGCUUUCCACGUUCGAGUUGAGCUACGAAGUAGCCGCCGUCGAGGUUUCGAACGAUCCGUUGGUGAUCCUGUUGUCUCAGCAUUUACAGGAACUACUCAUCUUCCGUCAUCUGGAGGCAGUCGAGAUUAGCGGCCCUUGGUGUAUCCAGAUCAACGAUAAUAUCCUUCGACAGAUGGCGUUUGCGUGGCCUAAUCUGCGACGCCUUUAUGUGUAUCACAAUGAUUGGUGCAUCUCUAAAGAUCAAGAGUUGCAUCCCCACGCCACACUUCAAGGGAUAGUGGGCUUCGCUCAGAACUGUUUGCAAUUGCAUUCGUUGAUCGUCGAGCUGCACGCGGAUGGCUCAAUGCUCCCCGAGAUUGUAUUGCCUCAACCCUCCCGAUGUCCUUUGCAAGAUUUCACAGUGUGCUGUUCGACGAUAUCCUCCAAAACAGAAGUCGCUGCCUUUUUAUCGCGUCUCUUCCCGUCUUUGACAAGCAUCGAUGCCUCAGACCGUUAUGGCGAGCCUGAAGAUUCUCAGUGGAUGAAGGACUGGUCGGAUGUAGACAGGGCUGUACGAAUUACCCAGAUGAUCUAGAUGUUGCAACUGUUCAAUCAACAGCACGCCUGGAUGAGGAGAUGUCGCAUCUGUAGCGUCCAUCAGGCGCUAUAUACUCGCAAGGUUCUCAAACAAUCAUUGCCUUCCAAUAUCGCACUGACUUCUCAAAGCCCAACAUACCACGAGCGUCCCGCCAUUCCGACAUUCGCUUUUUUGAUUUCAUGCUCCCCCUCGCAUAUGAACCUGGUGCAAGCGAUUGUACGCGCGGUCUAAACGUCCCACAUCAUUAUCUCUCUCAAUUGCCCACUUCAUUGGACUGCUUCGU